GGGAGGCAUCUGGGUGCGUGCAGAUCAGUCUGUGAGCAGACGGUGGAGAAGUCGGACGGAGCAGAGCGGGAAUCAAACCGAUGACCUGCAGAGGACGAACCAAUAAUCCAACAGACAGAGAAAAAGGUGUGUGUCUCCAUGGCGACAGGUGUGUGUGCAUUGCUGAGUGUGUGUGUUGGUGUGUGUGCAGCCUUUAACCUUGACACAUCAUUUCCGCUGCUGAAGGAAGGCGAACAUGGAAGCUUGUUUGGAUUUUCAGUUGCUCUACACCAAGACCUGAAGACUGACAGUUACCAGCUAUUGGUUGGAGCCCCCAGGGAGAAGGCAGAGCCAAAUGUUCCAGCCAAUCGUACAGGAGGAGUUUACACCUGCCCAAUCAGUCCCGACCAGUCAGACUGCAAGAGGAUCCAGCUCAUGGAUCCAGCCCUGAUCAAGUCUGAUGACCUGGUCGAAGACAUGUGGUUGGGUGUUUCGGUAGCCAGUCAGGGCCGGCCUGGGGGGCGUGUCCUGGCGUGUGGUCACCGCUUCGUUAAACUCUAUGGUGCAUUUAGACUCAGGCACAUGAUUGGCCGGUGCUAUCUCCGUGGCAACAACCUGCAGUACAAUGAGAAUGACUCACAAUGGCAAGAUCCAGAACUUCCUUGCAGUCAUCUGGGUGAUGUCACAGGUGAGGUAAUGUGCACCAUGGGGAUGUCAGCUGCCAUCACUCAGAGCGAAGUCAUUGUUGGCUCACCUGGAAGCUUUGAAUGGCAAGGAAAUGUCCAUGUCUCCUGGAUGAAUCCUGAUAAUGAAUUUAACAUCAAGAAGAGCUCCUUCCCCAACAAGAAUCACAGGAACAUCUACAUCGGAUAUUCUGUCACUCAGGCUUCUCGCCUUCUCUCGGAAGAUGGUGAAACCCUCAUAACAGGAGCUCCUCGGGACCGUAUGGAAGACGCUCGUGGCUCGGUGCUGCUGGUAGUCAAGCUCUCUGGUAAACUGGUGAUUCAGCAGACGCUGCAUGGGCAACAGAUGGGCUCGUACUUCGGAAAUGCAGUGGCAACCGCCGACCUCAACAAUGAUGGGUGGAAUGACCUGCUGGUGGGUGCGCCUUUUUAUUUCCACCGUCAUGAGGAGGUGGGCGGGGCAGUUUAUGUCUACAUGAACGGAGGUGGGAAGUUCGACUCUGAACCAAGCAUGGUGCUGGGAGGGCCGGUAGCAUCUGCAUUCGGCAUGGCUGUGGCUGCUGCAGGAGACCUCAACCAGGAUGGCUUCCAGGAUUUUGCAGUUGGAGCUCCUUUUCAUGAAACAGGAAGCGUGAUGAUCUGGACAGGAAGCAGUGAGGGCAUUGCUACAAAACCAAGCCAGGUGAUCCGAGGCAGUGCAGUCUCUCCUGUAUUCAGGACUUUUGGGUACUCUCUUUCUGCCAGUGGGGAUGUUGAUGGGAACAAUUAUCCGGACCUGCUGGUUGGCUCUCUAGACGACAUGGUCGUUCUGCUCAGGACUCGACCAGUCAUCUAUCUUAAUAAAACACUUAGAGUUUCUCCGGACAUCAUCGACCCAAACAGCUGUGACUUCUGUAUACAGGUGGAGGUGUGUUUCUCCUACACGUUCAGAAGGGAGGAGAAGAGCGACAGAGACAACAUCACUAUCCUCUUCACAGUGACCGCUGACAUCACCAGCCUCAAGCCCCGCCUCCAUUUCCUUGACAACAGGCAGAGCGUGUACUCUGAUUACCUGUCGAUGCCAAAGGAACAGUGCAGGACGCUGAGAGUGGGACUGCUGGCUGUGAUCAGAGACAAAGUGGAACCUCUAGUGUUUUCCCUGAACAUCUCUUUGCAUGAAAAGCUUCCCAAGAAAAGAAAAGUGGUGCAGGAUCUGAAACGCCUCCCGGUGCUGAGUGAGACCCCAAGACCCAUCAGAACCCAGAUCCACAUUCAGAAGGCCUGCGGUUCUGAUAACCGCUGCCACAGUAACCUGCAGAUGACGGCGCGGUUCACCGAUGAGCGCCAGAAACCGUUCACCGAGCUUGAGGGCACUCAGGUGUUGUACUACAACUCCACCAUCAAGAGGUUGUUUCUGCAGGUUAACGUCAGUAACACGCCAUCACCAGGCCGGCCAGCAGAGGACGCUCAUAACACCAUUCUGAACAUCAGCAUCCCGCCAUCGCUCAUUUACUCUGGGGUGGAAACAAAGGGUGAUGCCUCAGCCGUGGUGGAGUGCUCUGUCAAGGAGACCUUUCUCUUGUGUGAGCUCGGCAACCCUUUUAGAAGCAACCAGAAGGUUCAGGUUUUGAUCAAAUUUCAGCCAUCUGAGAUCAGUUUGGACACUCAGGAGAUUCGGUCUCUGCUGCAGCUGUCUACGCUCAGCGAGCAGUGGGAUCUCUCCCCAAAAUCCGUCUCCAUGCUGGUGAAGUACUGCUUGCAGACGUCUCUCAAUCUAAUCAAUGUGCCAGGCCCCACCUCCUUCAGUGGUCACGUGACUGGUGAGGCAGCAAUGAAGAAGACAGAGGACAUCGGUAGCCUGCUGCUCUUCACCUUCCAGGUGCAUGUCCACGGAAAGCCAUUGGGUCACCUGGGCAACCUAGAGGUGGAGUUUGAUUGGCCACUGGAGGCGACCAAUGGGAAGUGGCUGCUGUACCUCACAGAGAUCCAACUAAGCGGCACCUCAGAACCAAGCUGCUCUCCACCCGGCAACAUCAUCAACCCCCUCAACCUUAUGCUGUCGAAGGAGGAGGAGAAGAAGAUGAAGAGGAGUCUGGAUGAAGUAAAGGAGGAAGAGGAACAGACGGACAAAACUCCACCUGUCCUCCAUCUGCAGAGAGCAAAGAAGAAGUCCUACGCUCUGGACUGUGUCCACGGGGCAAAGUGCGUGAAGUUCGUCUGUCCUCUCAUGAAUAUGAACAACUCGGCAACUUUGAACAUCAGAGCCAGACUUUGGAACUCCACCAUGAUCGAGGACUACAGUGAUGCAAGUAGCGUGUUGGUUCGAGGCAGCGCAUCUUUGAAGCUGCAGACCAACAAACCCACCAUCAGCAUUGAGUCUCCGAGUUCACAGAUUGAGGUCCACAUCUAUCCAGAGCUGGAGCUGCAGGUGGACUCUGGCGCCCCCCUGUGGAUCAUUGUGGUGUCUGUCCUGGCAGGUGUCCUGCUUCUGGCCCUGCUCUGUCUGCUGCUCUGGAAGUGUGGGUUCUUCAGGAGAGCCAGCACCAGGGAGCUGUAUCAGGCGAAGACCCAGAAGGCCCACGUGAAGAGCCAGCCAUCUGAGAACGACAGGCUGACCGAGGAGCUCUGAGGCUGGGACACUGCAGCCAGAGAGCCCCGCCUGCGGUUUCUUUGUGCGUCAGGGGGUGUGGCAGACGGCAGUGCUCCACCAGCGGAGGAUUGUGGGUAAAGACAAGCUACAGCAGCAGCAGUACAUGAAUGCUGAUGGAUUCCUGAUCCAGGAUCAGGUUUCCUCAACCCGAAAUAGGAAAUCCCCAAAACACUGGGUCACUUCCUGGACUGAGACUCACUGAGAGACUCUGAAACACAAACCAAAGUGGACCAGAACCAGACCAGUUCUGAACCAGAUCCAGCUGGCCCAGAAGGAAACCAGUGGACUAAGCUGGACCCACACACUGCCAGUGAGAGUCUGCUGUCAGGUGCAAACCUCAUAAUGUGUUUACAGUCAGUGUUCUUAUUGCAGUUGGCGAUGUGAGGUUUUCAGCUGACAGCAGAGCAGACUGAUUCCAGAUUUCUGGUUCCUGAUCUGUGUAUGUGUACAUUUCCCAGCAGUGGAUUGAGCGGAUGCUGAUUGAUCUGGAAACUGAUCUGUGUUUUGCUUUAUAGGGUUGGUAUAAAAAUGAGGGGAAUGCUCCUUUUACAUGGCAGCAGGGGUCAUUGACCUCUGUGCUGCCUUCAAGGGCUUCUUAUGUACUCCCAUUUCGAUGAUUUAAGAAAGCUGUUAGUAAUUCCGUCCCUGCUGCCUUCAAGUGCUGAAAGAUCCCGUAGUAAAAAUUGUUGUCGGCUCUCCUGUGAAACUAUUUUCUUGUGUGCUUUUACAGGCUGUUUUUGUAUAUUUGUGAUAUUUCUGA